AUGGUGAUGAGUGAGCCUCGUAUCGAGGAAUUCCGUAGUUCUAAGACGAGUGCCGGCCUUAACUCAACCAUUGCCACGCUCGCAACCAUUCGUCUGGCAGACGGCAUGACCACGGCUGAAGGAAAGAGGAGACGCAGCGCGGGGGGCAUUCUAGAGCGUAUGGGACCAGCAGGUACUGAGCACGCGGAGGGGGUCGUUGGGGGGAAACGGCCAUGGAACACGAUCUGCGAAUGCGUGAGCUGGAUGAGUCAGCAACACGCCUCUACUGCUGCUGCUGCUCCAUCUCUUUGUGAAGGCUGUCGUGAAGGGCGGCAGAACGUAGCAGCAGCAACGCCGCAGCCGCAGCAUCGUGGCAAGAAGCGCGUUCGAGGCGAAGGCGAGUGCAGGAGCCUGGAAUCUUGGGGGCAUCAUGGAGAGGAAUUCUGGAAUUUCGAGUCGACGAGUGAUACGUUACAGCGCAAAGGCGAGUGCAAGAGCCUGGACGAUGAUUGGUUGCCUCCCGAGGCAGCUGUGUGGAGUCGUGACGAUGUUCAAUUUCUGCAGCAGCGGUACCAGGAGCAGCAGUACCAGCAGCAGCAGCAGCAGCAGCAGCAGCAGCAGCAGCAGCAGCAGCAGCAGCAGCAGCAGCAGCAGCAGCAGCAGCAGCAGCAGCUCAAUGUGUUUGGGGGCCUGGCGCUGUCUCCCCAUGCUGUGACAGCAUGCCAUGCUCUGCUGGGGGAAACCGCUGGUGCCUUUGCCGAUCACAGCACACAGCUGGAGCACACACAGGUGGCGCUAUUGGCGUUGCUACCGGAAACGCCACUAGAGACGCUGCAGAUUCCCCUUCCUGGAGUCUCAGCAGCAGUUUUCGAGGCACCUCAAGCAAAGCAAAUACAGCUGAAGACUGUGGAGGUUCCUCUCCCUUCAUACAGCCCUGUGGAUAUCGUCUCGCAUCGGCGUAACUCUGCUGGUGGUUCCAGGCCUCGGGUGGCUGAGAGGGUUGCAGCUCAUGCGGCGUUCAAUCCACUUCAAGCCCAGGGAGUGUUGGGAAAGGCUCGGAGUGCUAUGAGUGAAACCCCGCAUUGCAAUCCUCAGGCGAUUUCUCCUGCUGCGGCCGUUCACACCCCUCAGCCGCGCUCCACCAUUGCAAAUCUCCUGGCAACAAUGGUUCAUGAUAGGGUUGUGAAGGACGAGAUAGGCGAAAAGGGUGGUGAUGCUGCUGCGGAGGAGAAAAGCGAGGGUAGUUCCCCCUUGUGGGUGACCGAUGAGAGUGUAAUGCUGAAGGAGGGGGGGGAUGCUUGGGAUUGGACAGCUCUACCUUUAGGAUGGGAAUCUAGUGGUGGGUGUGAUGAGACGCAAUAG